GCCAAGACAGUUGCUGUCCCUUGAUCAGCGGAUGCCUGCCUGCACUUCCAUCAUGUUCUGUGUUUGGAUCAAACUCUCCCCUCGGGCAGUCAAGUCAAUGUGCAGUGUCUGUCUGUAUGACUAUGUACUGUACCUGCAGUGCCAGGGUCCCGUAAUAUUAGUUGACCAUCUAUGUAACAGUUGCUAUUAUUGCAUGGAAAUAAUUUGGGAAAUGGCCUUGAUCUCUCUGUAUCCAUGUUCUUGUCCUCAUCUUUCUCUCUUUCUCUUCUUCCUCUUUUGACUCCAUUGCAGUCUUUACUCAUCGCGCUGUUCCCACACCACACCCCCCUUUGGGCGACGGGCCGCAUUGCUUCCAACCAACCUCCAUUCGCGCCCUCUCCCCCCCCCCCCCCCUCCAAAGGCCUGUUUUGGUCUCCCUGUACCAUUCUUUUGCAUGUCCCCUCCGACGCUCGCUUCCAUUCUCUUUCUUUCCACGCUGUCUGCGCGCGACAGCCCUCGUUCAACCCUUCUUUAACAUCACUCACCUCUAGCCUGGGUCAGCCUGCCAAUCCUUUACCAGCGCGCGCGUAUCUUCAUGUCGUCGCAGCCACUGCGGCCUUGUCUGUGAACAUUGGGUGCACUGUUUCGUCUGGAUUGGUUUCAGUCUCUUUUACAAUUCACCACGCGUCAACUGUCCCUCUUUACGUCGCCCUUGCCUCGACUACAGUCAUUACCGCGUAACCUAUCAUCAACCCAACCACGGUGGACAACAGUGUCGAGAAGGUUGCUUCGUGAUUUAUGGAGGUCUAGUCUCUGCUGCGAGUGCGGGACCAUAACACAAGCCAGGCUGUUCUCCAGUCAAGAAGCCUGCAGAUCCCAAUCGCCCCAAG